GUGUCUUGCUCAGGGACACAUUGGUGGAUGGGUCACAGUGGGGAAUUGAACCCGAGUCUCUCACACCAAAGGCAUACAGCUUAUCCACUGCACCAUCACCACCCAUGCAUGAAAGGAUUAAGAAGUUUUACAUUCAUGUACUUAAGUGAACAUCUGAAUGCACAACUUUGUUUUUACAUUGGGGUAUUCCUCUUUUUCACUGAAGUAAAGGAUCUGGAUACUUCUUCCACCACUGAGUCUAACAGAAAGGGAAAUAUAAGAAUAUAAAGAGACUGGGAUGAGUUCAGGGGUUUGGGUUGCUCUUUGAUUUCUGUGGUCUGUGUCAUCUGAUGUCAUGCAGUCUGUAAUCCAAUCAGGGAGGGAGAGAGUGUAAUCCAUGUUAAUCCCACAUCCAGAGAGAGAGAGAGAGAGAAACCCAGGACAGGGUGGGUCAUUAAGACAGGCAGACACAGAAAGGACAGCAGCCAUCUCUGAAUACAGCUUUAUUGGUAAAGCUGCAGAAUGUGUCUGAGUUCUGUUCUGAGUGUGAAUGCCUCUUCUCGUGUAAUUAUAUCUGUCUCUCUAAUCUGGUCUGAUACCGUCUGACAGCUGCCUUCCUGUGUCCUGGACCCUCGUUGUCAGGGAUACAUCUCCACAGAGACGCACUCCCAAAGGUAGGGGAGGGCUUUAAUGGAAAGGAGACCCUCACUCUGAUGGAGCAACAAGCUGAGAGAGCGAGAGAGGAUGAAGAAGGAAAGACCAUAGUAACGGAGAGAUAAGAAGGAAGGUCAGCUGUGGGGGAAGAAGAGGAGUGGAAAUCAACAGAAGGAAGAAAGAAGGAAGAGCUGGAUGAAGUGAAAGUUAUUUUGUGAGGAUGGGCUAUGACCUGGAGAGGUUUGUUGGCUAUGUGAAUGAGGGUCUUCUGUGCUGCGUGUGUCGAGACGUGUUGGAGCGCCCCCUCCAGGCGCCCUGUGAACAUGCAUACUGCAGCACCUGCAUCAGCAGCUGGCUGCUCCAUCACCACUCCUGUCCCGAGGACAGACUGCCACUGGAUGUGGGAAGCCUUAAACCACUGUACAGGUACAUGCGUAAUGACCUGACCCGUCUGCAGAUACGUUGUGUGAAUGCAGGGCAGGGCUGUGAGGUGGUCUGCUCUCUGGAGAGCCUGCACACACAUGAGGAUGAGUGCGAGUUUGCCUUUAUAUCCUGCUCAAACCCAGGUGGAGAGUACAUAUGUUACCGUUGUGGUUGUCCUGUGCAGAUAGAGAGGCGAGGGUUGGAGGCUCACCUGUCUGAAUGUAACUUCCGCAGCAGAGAGUGUCCCAACGGUUGCGGUCUUACCCUUCUCUCCAUUGACCAAUCGCAGCAUAACUGUGUAGCAGAGCUGCGCACCGAAUUGGAGAUGCUCAGGGCAGAUAUGCUGUGCAAGGUGGAGGAGGUGAGGCGAGAGAUGGAGUCUCGGUUGGACUCACAGAGGAGACACAUGGUGCAGAAAGAGUCGCAGCUGAAGAACGAGGUGGAGGAGCUCAAGGGUCAGUUGUCCCUUGUGAUGUGUGACAUGCGAGCCCUGUUAGGAGCAGAGCGUCUGAGAAGACAGGAGCUGGCAGAGGCGGAGCUGGAGAAGAGGGAACUGUUGGAGCUCCUCAGAGACCUGCAGCCAACCAGGAGUCCACAUCCUGUCGAACAGGCAUCCAGGGACGAGCAUCAAGGGGGCCAGCAGACAUCUGGUUGGGAGUUACACACGGAGCUGACGCGACACCAGCAGAGGGAGGCGUCUUUACAUGCCUCCAGUCUAUCACUGCAUUCAGCCCCGGCCAUAAAUAUAUCGGGUCCACCUCCUUCACCUCAGCUGGGAGAGGGGGUGCGCAAGGGCGGUACCAGGAGCCUCACUCUAGACUGCAUCAAGAGGAAGAGCAGGGAGGUGACUGUCAUCUGAGUAGACUGGAUUGUUUGGAGAUUAUUUAUAUAUAUAUAUUUGGCAAAGUGACAACAAGAGUUUAGUAAUUCAAGUUAUUUGGAUCAAAUCAAAGUGUAAAUUCAGUCUGCUGUGGAAUGAACCAUGUUGUGUUUGAAAGGUACUCUUUGUGUAAUUCUACAAACUUAACCCUUUCAUGCAUGAAUUAUGACAGCCUCUGUGUUGUGUUUUUAUGGCUCUUUAGGCAUGAAAAAUAAAAUUAGAAUUUCCUUUUUUUUUAAACACACAUUUUUCAAGUUUUGUACAUGUCCAGUAAGGUGGACAGCAUGCACAUAAGGUUUUAACUGAAGAUAUAUUUAUUUAACAAACCAAUAAAUUAAAUUAUAUAUUAUGUAAAAAAUAUAAUGCUGUUAAACUAAUGUGGUCACAUAUUUUAACAUAUUCUAAUACUGUUUAAUGCAAUGCAAAUAUGUUGAACCUCACUUUUAACUCCAUCACUGCCACUAGUAUUAUCCUUACUUGAUUCUGAUGGAAUUGGCUCCACUGUCCUGAAUGCUUUUCUAUCACUAAAUGUUACUCACAUAAUGGAACUAAUCUGCACAAAAUAUUGUUUUUCUUACAAAAACUCCAAGUGUAGCAUAAAUCCAUUGAUUUACAUCCAAAAAGUUAGUGCACAUGAAGUAUUUUCAAGAAAAACAAAGUCUCAGUAAUAGUUAUUUGUAGUUGAAAUAUAACGUUAGCCAGUGAUGCAUAAUGUCCAAUUUAGUGGACAGAUGAUUAAUCGUAAUUUCACAAUCAUAACACAAAAUCAUAACUUGGAAAGUUUAAGAAUUGUAUUACUCCUUAGUUGUUACUAGAUGUUACCAUAUUUUAUUUACCGGCAGGGGUCUCUUGUAAUUGGAGGAAUUGCAAGAUUUACCUGAGCUGCUCCGUUUUCCCGACUGUCUGUCGGCCAUCUCGGUUUUGACGAAUUUAAAUUGCACUUACAACGGCUAUCCAGAUGGUGGCAGUGUAUGGCAUGACACACUAGUGUCCACUUUAGGGGCUGAUGUGCAACUACACUAUCAGAACCUCUGCCCAUUCAAGUAAAUGGAUUUUGAAUAGCUGUCCACUGUAGUGACCACUAUGCAUGAAAGGGUUAAUUGAUCUUUCGACAGUAGGCUUGUGUGAAACAGAAUUGACAUUCAUUUAUAUUGUAGGCUCACCCAUGAUCAUUUCUGUAAACAUCAUCAUAGUGUAAUGUCUCUUGGAUUUUAUAAUGAUAAGAUUUAAAAUAAAGAGUCACUUUAAGUAAUUUUUGGACCAAAGUAUAGGUUUCUCAUUAAUGAUCCACCUGAUGCUGAAUUAUCUGCUUAAAAAAAGGAAUACAAAAUUUUUGAAGUCUAAGCUAGCCUAUAAUGUUAGAAAGUUUGGACUCACAAUGUGU